CUUUCGAUUUCAGUAACAACGAAGCCAAAUUGCUGAAUAUGCUUUACCGGAGCAUUCUUGAUGCAGGUUUGUAGCUAUGAACUGUCAACACUGUCAGCUUGAUAUGAAUCAUGCUUGGCUAACAUAAGUAAGUUAGAUUUAUUUGGAAGUUGUUUGUUGACAUCGCAACUUCCGGUAGAUAGACAUUGAUCGACAUCGUUCUCUAAAUGCGUGAGUUCACUUUAUAAUUAUGCCAAAAUAUUAUGAAGAUAACCCAACCAGACCUAACGGUUUUGCUUUGCGAAGCUCGGCUCCUUUAAAUGUGAUUUAGCCGAUCUCACAGCUGUAGUUAGUACAAAGUUAAGUCUUCAAAUGAGGAUCAGUUAGCAAGUGCGCGGGUGAUGCAUCCACGAACUGAUUUUCAAACUUUGCAGUUGUGGCAGACACUUAUCGAUGUGUUGGGAUUGUAUUUUAAUUAAGCUGCUUGUAUUAUUAGAAAUCAUCAACAUUGCGUGAGGGUGAAGUUUAAUCAGGCCGUUAGCGAGACAAAUGUAAAAUUCGUUCUUAGUUUAUCAAGCGCGAUCAGUUUACACCGUACAAAGAAUUAAAUUUCAUCAAAAAUGCGUCAUUUUUUUGUGUUAAUAUAAAACUCUUGUAGGUUUUAUUCAUUCAGUACUGCUGUUUAUCCGUUUCUGCAAGUAAUGUUAUCGGAAGUACGAAUGGUUCGCUUCAUCUCUCUGGAAAUCAAGCUUGACCUCCCAUAAGGCGAAAACUUUACGAGCGUGACAAUUUAAUCGUUGCAAUGGAUGAUCACUUGAUACUCACACAAAUACAAAUCAUUUCGAAACUUUACAAACUUAAACUUGUACCAUGAAAAUGGAAAAUGAUAGGAUUUAUCUUCAAAACGUAAUUUUGGUGAGAUGCCCGAAAGGUAGAAAAUAGCCGGAUACAAUAUCGCAAAUUUCGUCUGCGAUAGUCCACAAGUUGACCCUAACUCUCGCGUAUUGAUUAAAGUUAUCAAGAUCGAGCUAUGCAGUAAAGUUUAGUGAAGAAGAGAAAGUAAACUUUAUAAGGUUAAGGCUACUCUGUAAAAUUUCAUUCACCAAAUGAGAAUGAUUAGCAAAUCAAAAAUUGAAUACAAAGAUUUACGAAAUCCGAGACCGAACCACAUGGUUAUCAAUGAGACUCGAUGAAUGCAGUAAAUUUGCAUUUUUAAGGCUCCCUGAAGUUUUGACAGUUGCCAUGGCUACGUAAGAAAAGCGGGGUAAGUUUUAAAAAAAAGAACUGGUGUUGCGUCGGUGGGGGGUAUUUACAAGAUUUUUUAACUGUGUUUGAUAAUUGAAUUGGCUACCGUAAAGAGAUUCUAAAAAUGACAUUUUGAAUGUUAGCCUCUCGUCUACCUCUCUCUACGAUGGCGAAUUUACACUGCCAUCGCAGAUGACUAAGCCAAAUUAUGCUACUGUAGAAACGGCCCCUCUGCUUGAGGAGUUUGACGCCAGCAAGAAAUCAUUUGCGACUGGCGCGGCUACCUUUCGUGUGCUUAUCUAUUUUUUUCUCUAUUCUAUUAAUCAGUUAUAGAAAUUUGAUUUUUUUUAAACGUUUCUUCGUAGCUCGAGAUUUUAAUUGGUAACACCCUAUUUACUAGUGAAAGUUCACUGUCGAUUAUCGUAGGGAACAAGGGGAACGAAUUGCAUUUCGGGCAAUUAAACCAUAAAACAUAAAAAGAUGAUUUGAGUUAAAACCUACUUUCUUCUUCAAUUUCGACUUAAUUCUUCCAAAUAUUUUGAAUCUCAGUAGCAAGCCUAAAAAUCAAGGUGAUAAGGAAUCGAGGGUUGUCCAAAAGCUUGUUUACUUGGAAUGGAAAUUCAGUGCGAGAGGGAUAACUCGAAGCGUUUUACCAGAAAGAAUAAUUCUCACUCGAAAACCCAUCAAAGUCAUGAAAAGUUGAUGUUAUUACGUAAUUUAUGUAUUUAAUUGGUGCAAUGUAAUUUAUGUAUUUAACCAUCAAUAAAGGUUACUUCCCACCUUCGCGGGUUUCCUUCGGGAAAAAAUUCGUACGCGCGUUAGUUUUCCUAAAAUCCCAGCAAACUCUACAUCAAGAGAAAGUUCUUUAACUGCAGUUUACGAUAAAAAUAUUAUUUAAGCGACUUUUCCUCUAAGGAAGUGUCAGGAGCCGGUAAGGUGUGAAACGACCGAGAGUGCUUCUAUUUAAAUUAUCGGACAUCGGAUGUCGCAGCACGAGCAAAAUGGCCGCACAGUCUUAUUCACAAGGCAUCCAUCAACUUCAUGUGUCAGGCUUUUUCGAUAUUCUGAUUGGUUGUCUAGAUAUCGGCAUCUAAAGUUGGAGUAACAAAAAAUAUGCAAGGCGUGUUGCGUAAAUGGACGCCACGGGGCAAAUAUUUCAAAAAUCAUAAUUUCCCGACAUUGUUUCGUUUGUAAUUUAUUCCCGGAAAGUUUUGGCGAAAUUUGACGAAAAUCGGUCAAAUCUAAAUACCCUAUAAAUUCGCUCAGAGUGGUUGUAUUCCUCCCAAUAUCAAAUGCGAGAGUUUAGCUCAUUGAGGCUCGCAAACAUCUCGCACCACGUCAGGAGAUUAUCUUGCCUCCUGAAACCACAAACCAAUGGGACAACGAGACCUUCUGGCGCUAAUGACGAUAGAUAAAGAUUUCCCGGGAGAAAUAACCCAUUGCAUUUUUUCAUCUCGAUCAUUCAGUGGAGCGUUUAGGUAGACACAAUAAUGAGCAAAGUUGCCAAAGGCAAAGGAAAAACCCACGGAAAAAUGGAAAAAACCCGAAAAUGUGCUGGGGAGCAAGACAACGAAUCGACAGACAGCUUACAAAGUUACGAUUCGAAGGGUUGUUUGCUUGCAGUAAAUAAAAGAAACCUCGUUCGCGACUUCUUACGCUAGCGUGGAGCUCCGCCAGCACCAGUCGCUUUCCCAAAGGAUUAUUUUGACAGAAUGGUACUCUUUCUUUCUUCUUUUGGGCCUGCCUUUGGGACUUUUAUUCCGCUUUUGAUUUUCCCAUGAGCAAAGAUUUUUCCACAAGCAAAGAGCUUCCGCGUGUGAAUUUUGUCAAGUACGCGGUGUUAACAAAAUAUGCAAAUGACAUGAACAACGGGCCCCAAGAUUGGCAGUUGCGCGAAAAUUCCCCCGGGGAUUCGCCUAGGUACGAGACUUUGACGCCUUCCUGAUUUACCAACUUUUAUUAGAAAAUACGUUUUGUGUAAAUAACUCGGGUGCCUUUAGGGAUUUCAAAAAUUUUUUUGGAGGAAAACGUUGGGUCAAAUAUUUGAGUCACUUCAGUCAAAUAGAAGAAAAAUCGACUUUUUCGGCUUCUGAAGGUGGGAAGUAACCUUAACUAGAUAUUUGCAAGGUUUUUUUUCAUAAAUCAGUUUUGAAAAAUUGUGUAUCAUUUAUUUCCUAUAGUAAUUUUGUUCCUGUUUCUUGGAUGACUUCUUCACAGUCGCUCGAACUUGAAGAAAAUAGCCAACCACCUUUAUCCGCUCACAAGUUAAAGGUUACAAUCCUAGCAUCAGAAUGGGGAUCGGAUCAAGGCGAACUACCGACCUUAACCAGAGAGUUAGCUAUUCAGUUGGCUAAAUUUCCCGAAGUCGAAGUUUCUCUUUUCGUAACGAAAUGCAGCGAGGAAGACAAAAGAACUGCUCGUCGUUACAGUAUUGAAAUCGUUCAAGCAAAAGCACGGCCUGGUUUCGAUGAACUGGAAUGGCUGAAUUUUCCACCCAAUGAGCUGCAAAUUGAAGUGGUUGUUGGCCAUGGUGUGGAGCUUGGGCACCAAGCCCAGGUUAUUAGAGAAUCGCACCAUUGUAAGUGGAUUCAAGUUAUCCACAAAGACGCGGAGGAGCUUGGAAUGUUCAAGACCUCUCAAAGUGCCAUUUCAUCAGGGGAGGAAAAGCACAAAACAGAAGUGGAACUUUGCAAAAUGGCGGAUUUCGUUGUUGGCUUUGGGCCCAAGUUAUGCGAGUCCUUUCGCAGAUUUCUUCGUGGGUGCAAGAAAGACAGCGCUAUUCUUGAGAUCACCCCUGGCGUCUUUGACGAAUUUGAGAAUAUCGCACACGUUGAAGAAGAUUUGAAAUCGUGCAGCAUUCUAGUGUUUAAUCGAGGAUUUACUGAUGACUUUGAGUUAAAGGGUCUCGAAAUUGCAGGCAGUGCUGUUGCUGAGAUUGAAGAAGCCCGUCUCAUUUUCGUUGGUGCUCUAGAGGGGAAACACGGAGACAGCAAACCGUUUUCUGAGCUGCGGUUUACCUGCUGGUCGCCUCACUGUAAAGAGCUUUGUGCAAAACCGACAGAUGUUAAAGGAGUUCUUUUGCGAGGGGGAUGUCGUACUCAUGCCAUCCAGAACGGAAGGAUUUGGACUCAUUGGGUUAGAAGCCUUAUCAGCAGGUCUCCCUCUUCUUGUUAGUAAGAACUCUGGAUUUGGAGAAGCUCUUAGUAAAGUACCGUUUGGUGCAUCUUGCAUCGUUGAUUCAGAAGAUUCCAAAGUAUGGGCUGAAGCUAUCAAGGAAGUCUGGAGGAAAGAAAGAAUGAUCCGACUUAUGGAGGCUAGAGUACUUCGUACCUCCUACGGCGAGAAAUACAGCUGGUCCACACAAUGCAAAGCUUUAGUCAUCAAGAUGAUCAGCAUUGUGAAUGGUAUAAAGUGAACAUAAAACCAAAAUUUUUGAGGUUACUGAAGGUGAUUCCUCAAAAGGAAAAGUUAUCGAACAAUUGUUUAAACUUUCCUUAAAUGUACCCUACCAAUGUCUGUUUCGAAAAUUUGAAUCAAACUUACCUCAUUUAUGCCUGUACUAGUGCGUCAUUUCAUCGGUUCACGGUACAUUUUGCUGCAGCUGGAAGCAAGGGUUUUUAAAGUAACACUUCAAACAAAAAAAUUGAUAGAUAGAAAGUCCCGAGCGUAUGGACCAAUUUGAUAUAUGAUUUUGGGAAAAUCACGCAAAUUUAAACAACACCGACUCAAAACGUUCCUCGAGUUGUUCCUUUCAAUUUCAUAAUUUGCAUCAUCGAGUAACGUGCUUCGUGUGCCCUUUUAGCUUUAUCUUUUUUCCCUUCGAAGAACUUUAAAGGAUAAAAAUUGCACACCAAAAUCACGGAAAAAAAAUCAGGUCACCGUUCUCGUUCAAGGACUAAAGACCAUCGUACCUCUGGUCUAUGGAUUGAAAAACAUUACCGUAUUCUCGGAAUACACGCGCGCUCAUUCCCCUGAUUACGUGAUUUUUAUGCGCAAUACAGGAUGCGCGGUGCAAAACUGAGGAACCAUCUUAAUAACAAUUAUUAUAACAAUAAUAAUAAUGUUAAUGAUUAUAGUUGCCAUAGUCAUAUAUAAUUAUGAUAGUAUCAAUGAUAAUGAGUAAAUGUUUUAGAUCUAGGCGAAUAAAUUGUAAUUCUGAAAGCAAAUCACGCAUAAACAGCAGCAUUGAUUUGAUAACAAGUUAAGAAACUAAAAUGGCACAAACUUGAAUUUUCAAGAAGUUUCAAGAAAAUUCUCAUGUUUGCGACCGUCACAUGUUACCUCUGCACCUUUUAUUACUCAGUUGGAUAAUAACAGUAACGAUCUUGAACAUGCUUACUUUUGCCACUAAGUAAUUGCAUUGACAAAGUAAAGUUCUUUCUUCUCCUCUUGCAGAUUCGUCUUUUCAUCAGGAGAGAAAAAGAAACAGAGAACCAUCCGUCUCAUCCAAUACUCAAGCAACAAAGAAAAUGAAAUCCUCACAUAGUCAAGAUACUCACCUUUCAGGUACUUCAGGUCUAAAACGGUAAUCACACAGCGUGUAAAACGUUCUUUGUCGGACUUUAAAGGUCAAGAUCACCCAUCCCCAAAAAAAUACAAGAAAAAGAAACUUGGAAGUGCUACAAAGUACCGGUACUCCAUCAGAGAGCUACUUUUGAGUGCAUACUCUUAUAUCACUAUCUAACAAGAACUAAUUACAGCAUCGUUUUGUCUUUUUAAAUACUCUUACAGACUCAAAAUAUUCCACAUGCAGUUUUCAUGGUGGCUAUCUCAGCUUAGUAACGAUAGAACCGUAAACUUGUAUGAAAAGAUGAACCCAAUUGCACCCAAAUUCUAUUCACUUCGCUGGCCGUUACGCUUUGGAAAAUGUAGAAAUUUUAUUCUUUAGGAACGUAAAUGUCAAAUCUUGACAUUAAUGAUGUAUUUUUUUUUGUAGAUCUUCGUGAGCCAACCAAUGUGAUAGAGAGGAUUCGGCAGCUGUACAAAAUCUGCGAGGACCGACUCCUGCCAGUUCCUUGGUGUGAAGAAUUCAGUUUCAAGCUGAAUGAGAUUUUCACCAGGCUUCGAAUUGUAGGAAAAGAUAAAACCAGAGGAGAAAUGAAAAACGAGAUCUUCAACAUGACAGCUGUCUUCAAACCACAUGAAGAAUGCGAAAAGCCACGAACCGUUUUUAUUGAGGGGGACCCAGGUAUGGGUAAAACAACAUAUUGUCAAAAGCUGGCAUAUGACUGGGCAACUACUCAAGAAAACUGGGACGAGUCAUUUCCAAUAAUUGUUCUGCUACUACUGCUCAGAUGUCAUGAUAUCAAAUCUGACAUUUGGGAAGCCAUCAAAGAGCAACUUCUACCCGAUGAAAUGGAUGAAGUAUCGAAGGCAAACUUUCAUAAGUUUAUUCGUGAAAACCAGUCCAAAGUUUUGCUGGUGCUUGAUGGUUUGGAUGAAGCAGACCAAAGCAAACAAGAAUUGUUCGUAAGACUCGCUCAAAGUAAACAGCUUUCAAAUUGCCUUGUUCUUUUCACAUCUCGGCAUGAGUCUGGUAAGGAAGUUAGGUGCCUCUGUGAUACUCUGUGGGAGAUAGCAGGAUUCGCCAAAAAAGACGCAGAAAGGUUCAUUCGCAAGUACUUUGGCAAGGGAAAACACUUGGCCGAGAAACUUCUAACAGAGAUUCAAUCAAGUUCAGAUUUGCGCAAACUGAUAUCCAAUCCUCUAAACACAGCAUUGCUUUGCAUUCUGUGUGAGGAUUUUAGGGAAGAUUUUCCAACCAGCAAAGCAAAAUUGUACAUUGAAAUUACACAGUGUGUCUUAAGAAGAUAUCAAAGAAAGAGAGGAUCUCUGAAUCCCUGCGAAAGUGAGGAUUUAAUACAAGUGUACGAAGAAGAUCUUUUGUGCUUGGGGAAGCUGGCGUUAACAUCACUUCUUAAAGGCGAGCCAUAUAUUGAAGGAAGUGCAGUCACUGGAGGCAAUACAAGGGCGCUAACCAAGCUUGGGUUUCUUUCUUUGCAGGCCGGAGGUAGCAGACGUAAGCCUUGCCUCCGUUAUGGAUUUCUGCACAAAAGUUUUCAAGAAUUUUUCGCCGGUUUCUACCUGGCUUCUAAAGUCGUAGCUGGAGACACUGAUUUGGACAUUGAUGUAACUGACGCAAGAUUUUUGCGUGAAUUGAGGCAUGUUUUUCUUUUCAUGGGUGGGAUUAUAGUCUCAAAGUCUGAGGAGAGCGCAAUACAUCUUUUGCGUGCUAUAACUAAACAUGCCAACUCGCUUAGCCUCGUUACUUCUUGUGGUGGAUUCAAAGAAGUCAAAAGAAGAGUAGAGUCGGCAUGUUCUUUCAUAAGGGAAUGUGCCGAGUACAAGGAAAGUCUCCAGCCCAUGUUGCUGCGUGAGUUUGGGUCUCACUUUGAAACCGUACCUUCAUCUUUGAAGAAGUCUCGUUACUUGAAUCUUAUCCUUGAAAAUCUCUCAGGCAAUACCAGCCUGACCAACUUAAACCUAUCCAAUUUUGUAAUUUCCGACUCCGGUGCCGAGUCAUUGUCUAAGUCCCUCUCAGACAACUCAGCUAUAUCCAAUUUAAACUUGAGUCUAAACGGCAUUGGUCAUGAUGGUGCUAAGUUUCUUUCUCUGGGUCUUAGAGCCAAUACCACUCUGACUAUUUUGAACCUGAGAGGUAACAACAUAGGUGAUUCUGGUGCUGCUUUGCUCGCUGGGGCUAUUUCAGGCAAUAGGACAUUGACCAAUCUAAACUUAGGUUUCAAUGAAAUUUUUGACUCUGGUGCCACUUCCCUUUCUGAAGUUCUUUUGGACAAUUCAGCUUUGACUGAUUUGAACUUGAGUGUCAACAACAUUGGAAAUACAGGGGCUGAUUCUCUUUCUGAGGCCCUUAAACAAAAUACCACGUUGACAAACUUGGACCUAGGGGAUAAUAGGAUUAAUGAUUCUGGCGUUGUUGCACUCAUCGAGGCUCUUUCGGUGAAUAUGUCAUUAACCUUGAACUUGUCUGGAAUUACCUUCAAUUCUCAUGUACCUCUCCAUGCUCAAAGCCGUCUUUCUUUCACAAGGUAUCAAGAAAAUGACGGUUGUGCUGAUCGUGACGAUGAAGAUGAGAUUUUUGAUGACGAUUCCGAUUCCGGGAGUGACAUUUAUUCCAGUAGAAAUGAGUCUGGCAGUGGUGAAUCGCUUUCUAGUGGUGACACGUCAUCUAUUAACGAUGAGGUACCAAAUAGUGAAGACGAGAGGUUUAUUAAUGACGCUGAUGAUGAGGUCUCUGGUGAGGAUUCCGGGAGUGACGCGUCUCAGAGUUGUGACUCUUCUUCCGGGAGUGACACGUGUUCCAAUGAUUACGCUUCCUCCAGUAAUAACAAUUCUUACAGUGAUGAUGAGGAGGACGAAGUUUAUUAGUGAAGCUCCUACUAGAUUCAUCUUGAGAAUAGCCUCUAUAAUAGUUUUAAUCAGCUCUGACGGAGGUUUAUUUUAUUAGAUCGUAGUUCUAUAGGAGUGGAGAUGCCAGUUUUAAACUUCAGCAUGGCUAUGGUUUUUAAUUGUUUAUGGCGCACAAUUUCUUUACAACGCUCACUUGAGUUGUUGAACACAAAUUUAGUGUUGUACUUAUAACUGUAUUCUAGGGAAUUACUGUAUCAUAAUGUCUGUUGUUAACUCUUGAAGUGUCCGC